CUGAACAUCUGAACAAAGGCAUGGAAGGAUGAGCAGUGGCUCCAGACAUGUAAGCAUGUCCUGACGGCGUUGUGCUGUGGACCGAGCAGGAGGAGACAGGCCAGGCAUCCUUUACGAGUCUCCACAUCAGCACCUCAGAGAAGCAUGCAAACCCAGACAGCGGACAGCGUGCAGUCCAGCGCGCACUGAAAGCAGUGGUGCGGGAGCACUAGGCGAAACCACUGCCACCAUUUUACUGCUGCAUAUUUACUUAGGCCUGUUUUUCUCCAAUGGAAGCUGCUGUGUUCAAUUUGCAAAUGACGGCGGACGUCAAUGGAAACGAUGCGGCGAUGGACGCAGAACUGGAGGUCAAAAAGCUCCAGGAGCUCGUGAGAAAACUGGAGCGGCAGAACGAACAACUGCGGACCCGAGCAAACGCUGCCAACCACUGCACCUCCAGCACCCACCUGCUUUCCAACCCGAUCUGCACAGGAAACCUUGCCACUGGCCCAGGCCCUAGCCAUUUUUACACGGGUAGUUAUUGCAUUUCGUCACAGUUAGCGACGGACGGACACUGUCCUUGUUUUUACCCGCAGCCUCCGACUGAUGCUGAGAACAACGGAUCCUCCGCGAUGGAGGACGUGGAAAUAUUGGACCUUCGUUUUCUUCUACCCACCGACGGAGAGUCCGAGGACAGUUGGUUGUAUGUGUCACCGAAAGCAAAGCUGCACACACACCUGUCCCCCAGCCCUCUCCAGUGGUGUAGACAUGUACUCGACAAGCCUACUCCAGAGGUGGAGUUAGCUAAGCGAUCUUUAUGCUACCGACUAGACCAAGCCAAAAGAUGGAGAGGAGUCCUGUCAGGCUAUGGGUCAUCCUCCGUUACGUACAGCCCAAUGUUAGGACCGUCUUCCCAGAGUACCUCUGCUAAAUGUCUUACUAAACCUGCACUAACUGAACAAACAGCGCCAUCCUCCCCGCCCAGCCACUCCACCCAGCUCCAGCUGCCUCUCCCGGGGAGGAGUUGCAGCCGCCUGGCCGAGAGAUCUCCCUCAUUCCUCUUUCACACAGCUACCCACAGCUACAGUCGUCCUCACGCUGCCAUCAGCCCCCAGUCUUCCAUGGCCAGUGACUUCAGCAUGACUGAACUGGAUGAGGACUGCAUCUCUAUGAACUACAAACUUCAGGACAUGACUGAUGUCCAGGUCAUGGCCCGACUACAGGAAGAGAGUCUGCGCCAGGAGUACGCCACCACUUCAGCCACAUGCGCUCGACGUAGCUCUAGCUUUUCCGUGCACUCUGGUCUGCGUCGGACAGGGCGGAACAGCGUGGGUCUGGAGGAGGACGAGGAAGAUGACGAAGAGGAUGUGGAGCACGAUGAAUUGCCGCCGCCGCAGCCGCGGCUCCACCGCGCGGGCUCCAUGCAGCGCAGUGUGUCCCACUCCUACGGCCUCUCUGGCCCCAGAGACCCACGACGCAGCCCCUCCAGCCCACACUACCUCAGCAGCCUGAGCAGCCCCAGCCCAGCUAACUACACGCCACCCGCCGAGACCCAGGGUUACCGUGCCAGCACAGGUCAGCACACAGGUCAGCUCACAGGACAGCACACAGACAAGCUGCGGAGAAGUAUGCCCAACCUGAUCCGAGCUCCCAGCAUGCUCUCUGUGUCCACUGGCCCAAGUCAGGCUGCACCUGCUAGUCACUCGACCUUUGCAGCUCACCCACCUUCGUCAUCAUCACUGCGGAACAGCCAAAGCUUUGACUCAUCCAGCGGGCUCGCCAGGCUACAGUCUGCAAUCCCUUCUGCUGGUCAGCUGCAGCAGUGUGUUCAGAGCAUAGCCAGCUUCUCCACAGCCGGCCGGCCGGCGUUGAAAGCCACGGCCUACGUCAGCCCCACCAUACAGGGUCCCAGCACCACGCCUUCGGCCGCUAGCGUCUGCUCCCUGCCCAGCAGUGGCAUUCCUCUGCCCAGUAAAGCCGCUCGCAGUGCACUGCCUCGACCGGCUUCCUUCAUCGGGACCCCACGCUCCAAGAUAACCCAGCCAGCACGCAGCUUACUGACGCCCCCAAAGACAGUGACAGCACUUAGCACCCUGCGCGACGCGAGCUGGAAGGAUGGCUGUUAUUGAUGAAGGAUGGAGGUUAUUGAUGAAGGAUGGAGGUUAUUGAUGCCAGAGAAGAGCAACAACCCACAAAUCUCCAGCAGCGCUUCAGGCCCAGCUGGCUGGGCACAGCUGUUGUACGCAGACUGUAUGAGAAAAGAGACAAGGGGUCUUAUGAUAAUUGGUAAUAUAAGGGAGUCCACAGUCUUCAUUGCAUUAAUGCAAUAUAAUAACAUUAAUUCCAAUAUGCCAUAAAGCCAAACAUUCUGAUUAGAGAAUUAUGCAUUCAAUUGUUUACAUGCCAGUUCCUCCCCUCUAAUUAACCACUGGUGUUAUUUCUCCCUUUAUGAUUACAGAAAACAAGGAGAAAGUGAUAUAAUUAAUUAGAUAAGGUAUUGGAUGUUUUAGUGCCUAAUGUCAAGUGUUUUAAAGAUUACAACUAAUUUACUAUCUCCCAAAUGGCGCUUUAACUGUUAAGCUUAAUUGUUACAUUGGAACAGCCACAUUAGUGCCAGUUAAGUUUCGAUUUGUAAAGCUCAUCUAGUACUACUGAACGGCUGCACUCUAAAUGUUUGUAAGAAGGCACUUUUUGAUAAGUAUAUAAGUGAAAAAAAUAUUUAAUUACACUUUAACUGUGAAAACAAAGAUUUGAUAUUUCUGUAAUUACCAAUGUGAAUAACUGACAGGCUAGCCUUUGACAAUAUUACACAUACAUUAAUACAGUUACUGGCAUUAAUUUUGUUCUUAGUAAAUACUCUUUAAUUACACACGGUAAGUAAAUGCCUCUUAAUGCAAAGUGCAACAUGCAUAAUUGUAUGUUUACAAGAUGCUCAUGCGAAAGAGCAUCAUUAAUGAAUUGCACAUCUGAAAGACUUUUGUUAAACCUGAAGGAAAUACAAAUAAGUGUAUUUUAACAUUAAAUAAAGACUUUUCGACUGACUUUCAA